GAUAUGAGAUCAAACAAAAACACCUUUUAUCAAUCAUUUUUUUUGUUCAUUUCAUUGUGAAGAUACAUUUCACAUAAAUUGAGAUUAGAUUUAUGGUCAGAAUAAGUUCCAUGCCAAAAACUCUGUGAGUUUAAAGUAAAAUGGAACAAAAGAAAAACAACGAUGACCUAAGUCAGCAUUUGUAUAAAAUCAAGCAAGACGAUAAUAGUAAAGUGACUGCAAACAAUAAUAACACAUCGUCUGGUGUGCCUAAUAUGAUGAACGUGGAAUUAUGUUUAGUAUGUAGCGACCGGGCAAGUGGCCGUCAUUACGGUGCAAUUAGCUGUGAGGGCUGCAAAGGCUUCUUUAAACGAUCUAUUCGAAAGCAAUUAGCUUAUCAGUGUCGUGGCACCAUGAACUGUGAAAUCACAAAACACCAUCGAAAUCGAUGCCAAUAUUGUCGCCUACAAAAAUGCUUGGCAUGCGGAAUGCGCAGUGAUUCUGUUCAACAUGAACGAAAGCCCCUGUUAGAGAAAAAAGAGGUCACAUCAUCGACAAACAGUGUAUUACAUAAUGUAAACGAUACAUUCGCAUCAAAUACAAACAGCAACAGUGCCAACGUUGGAAAACAAUCGUUUGGUGCAAAUAACAUAAACAGUCUAAGCAGUAUUUUGCCCGCACACAUAUUUGCGAAUUUCACAUCAAAUGUUGCCCAACAAGUCUUUACAAAUUCAUAUCAUGAACGAUUGGGUGCAUUGGCCGGUUUGGCGGAGAAUGCUGGUGGUGGAACAAGUGAAAUUGAUGACAACUCCCUUGACAAUAUGCCUACAAAUUCUCAAUCUACAAUUCCAAAUGAGAAUGUCUUGCAAACUGUUAUUGAUAAAAAUAUAAUUGCAGAAGCACAAGAAAUCAUUUCAAGCUUACAAGUUGAAGGACAAAACAAUAAUGAGUUUAGCGACUCAAUAAAAAAUGAUCCUGACUCCUGUAUAUCAUCGAAUAAUGAUGAUAUUGAUGAGUUCGAGGAUGAGAUGAGUUCAUUUUCUGAUGGACCGAUGCUUCCCGAGAGGGAUAUUAUUUUUAAUCUACAGGCACCGCAAUUUGUGCCAAACUACUUAAACAUGCAUUACGUUUGUGAAACUGGCAGUAGAAUCUUUCUCCUAUCGAUUUGCUGGUUUAAAAAGUUUCAUGCAUUUAAUUUGUUAAGCGUGAAGACACAGGCACUUCUCUUGCAAAACUGUUGGAUUGAACUGUUUUUCAUUGGUUACGCACAAUCUUCACAUUCUGUAUCACUUCCCACCGUUAUCAAUUCAUUGUCAAACAUUGUUGAAAGUGCAAUUACACAAGAAAAAAUGCAACCGAGCAAACUAAAAAGACUAUCUGAACAUAUUUGGAAGAUAAAUGACAUCUUUCAAGAAUUAAACAAAAUGAACUUGGAUGAUUUUGAGUUUGCUUUUCUUAGAUUCAUCAUCCUUUUCAAUACAGAUAAUGGACGCAAAAUGGACGCAAAUCAACGUGUUAAAAUUGAACGAAUACAAGAUAUGUUUAUAAAGGGCUAUUUGCAACACAAACAGAUGGAGUUUGACUUCAGUCGUUUACUAAAACUUUUACUUAAAGUUCAUUCGUUGCGUUCUCUUGAUUCUGAUCUUAUUGAAGAAUUGUUUUUCUCCAAGUUAAUUGGAAUGCUUCAAAUCAAUAAUGUUAUAUCGCAUAUAUUAAGUUUGGGCUCCGAAUAUGCAGCUGAAAUUUAAUUCAUAGAGGCGAAUACUAAUUUUGCAAACUUGUCGAAUAAGGAUGCACACAACGACGGCUAGAUUUUAAGGUAUAAAAUAUUUUUAGCAGUUUUUGACGAUCAUUAUUUUGAACUAAAUUAUUUCAAUCAUGGUAUUCAGUAAGAUUAUUUUGAUAUCCAUAAUUAAUAAAUGAAACAUACGUGCAAGCUCGAUUUAGCUGAAAGCUACAAUAAUAAUGAAUUCAAAGCUACUUAAAAAUCUUCGAAAUAUGAAAUCUGUUAGUUCUAAUUUAAAUGUUCCGGACGUGCCGUUAUUAUUCAUUGUGCCGGCAAUACUAAUAUAUAAAUUAAGACGAUAUCAACUUAAAGUCUACACAUCUAACGUCCGCAAACAAAAUGCAUUAAAAACUAUUUUAUUUUAUUUUAUUUUAUCAUUAAAUAAACAAUAUUCAUUCA